AUGACAGCAAAAUCAAUAAAAAAGACUAGACUUUUCCCUUCUUGGAUAUUAAAGCUAAUUGGCAUUACAUCAUUAGCAUCGGCUGUAAUUGGCUUUGCUAUUUAUUGGCUUAAAAAAUAUCCACCACGUCGUAAAAUUAAGCAAGAUGAUCAUCCAAUGAGUCAAACUAAUAACUUUCUCAACAAUUUAAAAUCUACAGUUAGAAAGAGUAAAAAACGAAUGACUAUUUCUUUAAAAAAUGCAAGGACUGUACUUUGGAAUCCUUCGACUGAUGUAGAUACACCUAUUUAUGGAUUUAGAGAAAACAUUAUUCAUUUACUUGUACAACUUUCUUAUUUAUACGACAUUUACAUCAUUGUGCAUGUUAAUUCAGAAGAAGAAAAGACAAGUAUUCAAAGUUUAUUAACAAAUGGGUUAUUGAGUAUAGCGGAUCAUCAUAUUGAUUCACGUAAAAUCAUUUAUUGUUCAGAGGAAGAGGGCAAAAUUCAUAUCGUUCGUCAUCUUGAGCCGUUUAUUCAUAUUGAAGGAGGCUGGGAAGUGGAUGAUGGUGAAGAUAUUGUAAAGAAAUUGAAACCCUUUGUUCAUAAAAUCAUUUGGAUUUUAACAAAAAGAAGAAGAGAUUCUUUUAAACCUGAAAAUAUUAGACAAGAAGAUCGUCAUAUGUUGGGUCAAAAUAUUGAAAUUUCUGAAUCUUUAAUUGAUACUUCAGUUGCUCAAGAAGUUAAAUAG